UCUUCUCCGGCUCCAGGUGCUCUUUGGCCACCUUCAGCACUGGAUUGUUUUGCCAUCUUGGAUCCAUGGGGCUGAAGGGGUUAACGUGGAGCACUAGAAAGCAGGUCAGGUUACCUGUGUGUGUUUAUUUACCUGUCCAAUGCUCCUCUGUCCUUGUAAUUCACGAUUGGUCUGUUAGAGGCCACCAGUUGUGACACUGACCCCCGGGGACGCGCUGGCCCUCUGUACCCGGCGCGCGUCACGUUUCCCUGUACUGACUGAGCUUGUUCCAAAAUAGACGGCACCACCACCCUACACCCACCCACACCCUCCUCUCUCCCAGCUCUGCCCGGGUACUCUCCCCCUCUCUCUUUCCCUGCCGAAAAGCGUCACGCAGUUGUCCAUUGCGUCUCCUCAGAAAGUCCGCACCGACUCCCGGACGCCGGAUCGCGGGGAAUUAUCAUUGAAAGGAAUAAAGAGCAACAGAAGGAGGAGGAGGAGGAGGAGGAGGAGGAGGAGGCACAGGCUUGUACGACAAAAACCGUGAGAGUUGUCCAGGGAAGAGGGGUCUCCCCAAAACCUGAGCCAUGAGUCGCAGCAUCGUGCGGCAGAGUAAGUUUCGCCACGUCUUUGGCCAGAUGGUGAAGGCUGAGCAGGCGUAUGAUGACAUUCGUGUUUCUAAGGUGACAUGGGACAGCUCCUUCUGUGCAGUCAACCCAAAGUUCCUGGCGGUCAUCGUUGAAUCCAGUGGAGGAGGAGCGUUCCUGGUCCUGCCUCUCUCUCAGACAGGUCGUGUGGAUAAGAACUAUCCGCUGGUCAACGGCCACUCCGGACCUGUCCUUGAUAUAGACUGGUGCCCCCAUGACGACAACAUCCUGGCCAGCUGCUCGGAGGACUGUACUGCGAUGGUGUGGCAGAUCCCGGAUCAUACACUGACUCGCCCCAUCUCUGAUCCCGUCGUGGUCUUGGAGGGACACUCCAAACGUGUCGGCAUCGUCACCUGGCACCCCACCGCACGCAACAUACUACUCACUGCGGGCAGUGAUAACCUGAUUAUAAUCUGGAACGUGGGCACAGGCGAGCCCCUCAUCUCCAUGGACGACCACCCAGACCUCAUCUACAGCAUCAGCUGGAACCGAAACGGCAGCUUGUUUUGCACCACCAGUAAAGAUCGACGUCUGCGUGUCUGCGACCCCCGCAAGAGAGAGGUGGUUGCGGAACGUCUGGCUCCACAUGAGGGGAUCCGGCCAAUGAGAGCUAUCUUCACCAGAGACGGAAACAUCUUCACCACAGGAUUCACCAGGAUGAGCCAGAGAGAGCUCGGACUCUGGGACCCGACAAACUUCGAGGAGCCUAUUGCACUGUUGGAGCUGGACACAAGUAAUGGAGUGUUGUUACCAUAUUAUGAUGCAGACGCGAACAUGGUCUACCUCUGUGGAAAGGGGGACAGCAGCAUCCGUUACUUUGAGAUCACAGAGGAGCCGCCAUACGUCCACUAUCUCAACACCUUCAGCACUAAAGAGCCCCAGAGAGGGAUGGGCUUCAUGCCUAAGAGAGGCGUGGACGUCACCAAAUGUGAGAUCGCUCGAUUAUUCAAGCUCCUUGACAAGAAGUGUGAGCCCAUCACAAUGACAGUGCCAAGAAAAUCGGACCUCUUCCAGGAUGACCUGUACCCAGACACAGCAGGACCUGAGCCCCCCAUGGAACCUGAGGAGUGGCUGGAUGGUCGCGAUGAAGAUCCAAUUCUGGUGUCCAUGAGGGAGGGCUACGUGCCACCUAAGAGCCGGGAGCUCAAAGUGGCAAAGAAGAAUGUGCUGGACUCCAGACCCACCACCAGACGCAGCAUGUCCACUCUGGACACCAACAGUCUGCCGCCUCAGUUGCUUGAGAGGUUGUUGGAGGAGAUUCAGAAUCUGAAGGCCACAGUUUUGUCUCAGGAGAAGAGAAUCUGUGACUUGGAGAAUAAGCUUUCUCAGUACACCAAUGGCACCGACUGAUGUGCAUGAAACACACCUUCUGAAGAACUGGUCUGAAUUUCAGAAUCAGAAUUGUUAUAGAAACACAUUUCCCUUUCGUUCACAAGGAACCACUCUCCUAAAUACUCAAACAGUGUGGCCCCUUUAAAGGUACCAUUGUGUAAGAAUAUGAAUGUGGACAAUGCAAACUGAAGGUCCAACAGAUUGACAAAAUAACACCCAUGAGUUAUGUAAUUGUUUUGUGGCUGAUUCUGCAUAAUCCACAUUUCAGUUUUAACAUAAUGUACCUUUAUUGUUUGGCAAAAUAUUUGAAUAUGUACACCUUUACAGUGAUUUGUAAAGAAUGAGAAGAGUGCAGAAAUGGAGUGAGGUAGCAAGUCGGGUUAAAGGUCUGAAGAAAGUUGACAGAGUUGUUUAAUUACGCUGUGUGAAAAAGACAGCUGUAGAAAAAAAAGAAAA